CUCGAUUUAGCCAUUGCCAUUUUUGGCUUUCGGGCUCGCCGUCGCGCAACGCGUGGGCACUCUGGACUGCCCACGUUAGCCUGUGAGCUGCGGAGACCCAGUGCUUCACUGCGCGCAACCCUGAAACCGCGCCUCCAGAGAAGCAGCCACUUGAGCCUCUGCCAGUGAUCGCCGCGGGCGGCGCGGACAUUCGUCAUGGCCUGGCGCGCCCUCGUCUCGAAGCGCCUCCACGAGCUGCGGAUCGUGUGCUGCGCCGAGGCGCCGUCGAGCGAGCCCGUGCGCAGCUACCUGCGCAACAACUACGCGACGCUCAAGACGCUGAACCCGAAGUUCCCCUUUCUCGUGCGGGCCGCCGAGGACAAGCCUUAUAUAGUGGCGACCUACGGCAUGGGCCACACGGAGACCAGAGAUUUGGAUGGGCUCGACGAGGCGGCGGUCGAGAGGACCUUCGAGGAGCUCGUGGCACUAGGAGAAAAACACCCUAGAUCCUGGCCGGCCGCCGACGACCUGCCGCCGGACAUCGUGGCCGCGCCGGGCGCCGAGUGGGGGGCGGAUCCAGCUGAGAAGGCUGCUUAG